AUGGCAGAAUCAGAAAACCAAAACCCCCAAAUCUCUACUGUAAAAGCAGUCAUGAAGGAAUCAGAUCCGGCUCUCAAGAUCACCACAGCACCUCUCAACGGUGGAAACUAUGUGGUUUGGGCGAAAUCAGCAAGCUUAUACCUCUGUGGAAAGUCAAGAAUAGGCUAUAUCAAUGGCAAGAUUACAGCUCCUGAGAAAGAUGAUCUGAGUUAUGAAGAAUGGGAAGCUAACGAUCGAGUUGUAAUGUCUUGGUUGCUAAAUUCAAUGGAGCCCACCAUCGCCGAGAGCUUCCUAUUCUUGGAUUCGGCCAAAGAGAUCUGGGACACCUUAGCGGAGAUCUAUGGUGAAGGCCAAAACCUGGCCAGGGUCUAUCUUCUGCAACAGGAUAUCACACGAGUCACCAAAGGAGAGAAGCCAUUUCACGUAUAUCUAAGCUCCCUUAAAGCGAUGUGGGAUGAAUUAUCCCAAUAUCGUCCCCUCGUUCCUGAUAUGGAAGUACUGAAACAGAGAGCUGACGAAGAUAAAGUGUUCAAGCUUCUCGCUGGGUUAGGGGUAGAGUUUGACUAUCUAAAAAGUCAGAUUCUCAUGUCUUCCCCUCUCCCGUCCUUCAACAAUGUUUGUUCUAUCAUACAACGAGAAGAAACCAGGCGAAAAGUCAUGAAGACUGAAGACGACUUCAAAAAAGAAUAUGCGCCUGCUGACAAGGCUGCAUUUGUCGCUAAGACAGAAACAUCUCAUAUUGCUCCAAGAGACAAGAACAACUUCACAGUAGAUACCAGGUUCGGUCGAGGACGAAAUUCUCUGUUCUGUACUUACUGUAAAAAACAAGGCCACAGUAGGGAACGUUGUUGGAACCUGAAUGGCCGUCCAAACAGAGGGAGAGGACAAGUUCGUAAUGCUGGACUCAGACGUGAAGGUGACAUUGCUGAACUUACACGUUUGCUCAAACAAAUCACCUGCAGCAAUCUUGCUAUUACAACUAAACUAGGAACAGAAACAGGUGUCCUUCCAGAGGAGUUGAACAAGCUGAGGUUUCUGAAUAAAUUUGAUCUAGCACUUAAUUACAUCAACGGGACCAUUCCAGCUGGCUGGGGCUCCUUACCAUUGGUUUUUCUGUCCCUUAUGGGAAAUCGUGUAUCUGGAUCCAUUCCAAAAGAGCUUGGAAAUAUCACCACCCUUGAACAGCUAGCAUUUGAUGCAAACAAGCUUGAUGGGAUUCUUCCUCCGGAUCUUGGAAAUUUGACCAGAUUGACUAAAUUGUUCCUCAAGUCAAAUAAGUUUACAGGUUCAUUGCCAUCAACCUUUGGUAACUUCACAAGCAUGAAAGACUUCCGGAUCACAGGAAGCAACAUCACUGGGAAGAUACCAGAUUUUAUUCGCAAUUGGAGCCAACUUGAGACUUUGGUAAUAAUGGGCACAUCUAUGGGAGGGCCAAUACCUUCAGGAAUAUCUGUUUUGCAGAAUAUGACUGUCCUGAUAAUUACUGACUUGAAGGGACCUGGUUCAGGGUUUCCAUUGCUGCACAAUAUGAAAAAUUUGAAAAAAUUGAUAUUGAGAAACUGUUUAAUUUCAGGUCAAAUUCCAUCAUACAUUGGGACCCUCACCAAUCUGGAAAUACUUGAUCUUUCAUUCAACAACUUAUCAGGACAAGUCCCACAGUCUAUCAGUGGCCUUACAGUUCGAGCUGUGUUCCUUAGGAACAAUAAGUUGACUGGAGCAAUACCUGAUUGGGUCUAUCGUAGUACCAUUAACUUGGAUUUAUCAGAGAACAAUUUCACAGUGGCAGCAUCAUCUUGUUUUCCACAAGCGAAGUUGGACGUGGUCUCUAGCUUAUCUUCAGUGGAUGAUACUUUGGUGCCUUCAUGCUUAAGGAAGGAUUUUCCUUGCGAUAGUACACCAAAAUACUAUUCCUUGUUUAUAAAUUGUGGAGGGAAUCCAUAUACAUCUCAUGGGAAUACAUACGAAGGAGACACAGAACCAAGUGGGGAAUCUAUGUUCUUCUAUAGCCCAACAAAGACUUGGGCUUUUACCAGUACUGGGACAUCCAUUGAUUCUCAAAGUUUUGAUUAUGUGGUUACAAAUGCAACUCGAUUGCUAAUGGCUGAUCCGACACUAUACAUGAAUGCACGUUCUUCACCAAUCACAAUGACAUAUUAUGGACUAUGCCUACAGAAGGGAAUUUACAACGUCACACUUCACUUUGCUGAAAUAAUUUUCACUAAUGAUCAGACUUAUAGCAGUCUUGGAGAACGGAUUUUUGACAUAUCAAUUCAGCAUGAGAUAGUACUAAAGAAUUUCAACAUUCAGAACGAUGCUGGUGCCCCAGGCAAGGAGGUUAUUAAAAGUUUUAAUGCCAAUGUGACAGAACACACUCUGGAGAUCAGUUUCUAUUGGGCUGGGAAAGGAACUCUUGAUGUUCCUUCAUCGGGGGUUUAUGGUCCUCUGAUUUCUGCUAUUUCUGUGACACCAAAGUUCAAACCUACCAACUAUGACGAGCCUUCCGAGAAGACCUCCAUUGUGGUCAUCAUUCUAAUAGUCAUUGCCAUCUCCUUCAUCAUUAUCUUGGUUUUGGUAAUCCUUUGGCUAAAGGGCUAUCUUGGAAGUGGAGAUGUUCUGGACAAAGAACUCAGAGAUCUCAAGUUGAAAAAAAGCUAUUUCAGCUUGAAUCAGAUAAAAACUGCUACAAAUAACUUUGAUUUGGAAAAAAAGGUUGGAGAAGGCGGAUUUGGACCAGUUUACAAGGGAACACUACCAGACGGAAGAGUAGUUGCAGUUAAACAGCUUUCAUCAUGGUCAAAGCAAGGAAAUCGGGAAUUCCUGAAUGAGAUAGGUGUUAUAUCUGCUUUGCAACACCCAAAUCUUGUGAAGUUAUUUGGCUGUUGUAUCGAUGGCAAGCAGUUGAUGCUAAUAUAUGAAUACAUGGAAAACAACUCCCUGGCGCGUGCUCUUUUUGGUCCAACUGAACACCAAUUGAAGCUAGACUGGGCAACAAGAUGCAGGAUCUGCAUUGGAAUUGCAAAAGGUUUAGCUUAUCUGCAUGAAGAAUCCAGGCUAAAGAUAGUUCACAGAGAUAUCAAAGCUACAAAUGUCCUCCUUGACAAGGAGUUGAAUGCUAAAAUAUCUGAUUUUGGUUUAGCAAAGCUUCACGAGGAUGAAAAUACACACAUCAGCACUCGAAUAGCUGGCACUAUAGGAUAUAUGGCUCCUGAGUACGCAACACGGGGAUACUUGACAGAAAAAGCAGAUGUUUACAGUUUUGGUGUUGUAGUCUUGGAAAUUGUGAGUGGCCAAAGCAAUACAAGUGGCUUACCUGGGGAGGAUUAUACUUUUCUAUUAGACAGGGCUUAUGUGCUGCAAGAAAACGGCAACCUCUUGGAGUUGGUAGACCCCAAAUUGGAAUCAAACUUUUCCAAUGACGAAGCAAUUGUGAUGCUGAAUUUGGCUCUUUUGUGUACCUGUCAUUCACCUUCUCUUAGGCCCAAAAUGUCUGCGAUUGUUGAUAUCCUUGAAGGGCGAAGUUCAGUUCAGGAUGUUCUAAAAUUCGAGUAG